AUGGAAGAUUUGGAAAUUGAGCAACCAAAAGUUGCUUGUGGUUGGAAAGGGUGCCAGAACUCGUUUGCGAACAUUGAGGGGAUGAACGUUCACGUGCAAGCAGAUCACAUGUUAUAUCGUUGUCUUGUUCAAACUGAGUAUCAAGGAAGAACGCAUAUCUUUGGAUUCGAGCACCAGCAAUCCGAGCACCAGCUUUGGAUGCGAGCACCAGCUCAAAAACAAGGAAAUCACCAAUCUCGAUCGAACGAGUCAACUCCACCUCGAAGCCCACUAGACUCACAAGCGCCUGAAAUUCCGGCUGCAGUUCCAAUCCUCCAAGAAGCUUCUGCUCCGGUUCUUCAGCCGGUCACUCCGAUUCCUUCUCCAGUUCUUCCCCCAGUUCCACAUUCGGGACCGAUGAUUGUUAAAGUUGAGAGAGAAGUAGUCAUUGAGGAAGGAGAAGCUCCGAUUCCUACGGACAAUGUUUCUACAUCAGGAGCUCUUACUUUGAAUGAUCUCUCCGAAUCUUUUCCGAGCACUUCUUCAAGAAAAAGAACAAGACGAGGACCAGGUUCCAGACGAAGUGCAAAAGGAAGAAGAACGAAUUCGAAAUAUUGGACUUAUACUGAUCAAAUGAGCUAUCGUUGCAAUGUUCACAGUUGCUCUGCUGAGUUCUCCAGUGCCGAGGCAGCUAGAAGUCACUUUAACUCUAACCAUGAUCUGGAACCGCAUAUCCCGUCAAACAAUAGACAAUCACAGGAAUCCACAUCAGCUCCUGCCUACAAGCCAGCAAACAAGAGACAGAAGUGCCCACAAGUUGGAUGUACAAAAUACUUCAUGUCGAAAGAAGCACUGGCAAGACAUUUCGAGGAGAUGCAUGCAAAUGAAACGGUUGUUUCUCAAGAUACUUCCCAGGACGAUGAGCCGAUGGAAGACGAGGAUCACGUUUCGGAUUACGAAAGAGAGGAAGAGGUGGAUGAUGAACAGAUGGACGAAGAACCUGCGGUCUCUAACAAUAUCAAGCCCGAGUACCACUUCGAUCAAUAA